CUAAACCCUAGCCCGCCUCCCUCUCCCCACCCAUCCUCUCCCCGCGGCUGCAGGGUCCGGGGACGAAGCCGCCGACCGGCGCCAUGGCCACGCUCCUGAGGCGCGCGGCGCUGCGGCGCGCCAUCGCCUCCGCCUCCGCCGCCGCCGCGUCCUGCCCUGAGAGCUAUAGGCAGGGGAUAUGUGGCUCUACUUUCCAUUGCAGAGAUUUCGCAACUAAAGCCAAAAAGAAGACCAAGUCAAGUGGGUCUGACUCCGGCGAGGAGAAUAUGUCAAAGAAAGACUUGGCUUUGCAUCAGGCCAUUGAUCAGAUUACAUCUUCGUUUGGGAAGGGGGCAAUUAUGUGGCUUGGUCGCACUGAAGGUCAUAGAGAAGUACCUGUGGUGUCUACUGGCUCUUUCUCUUUGGAUAUGGCACUAGGGAUCGGUGGGCUUCCAAAGGGACGCGUUGUAGAGGUUUAUGGACCAGAGGCUUCAGGGAAGACAACACUUGCUCUCCAUGUUAUUGCUGAAGCACAAAAGCAUGCCAGUGGCGGUUACUGUGCAUUUGUAGAUGCAGAGCAUGCUUUGGAUCCAUCUCUGGCAGAGGCAAUUGGUGUUGAUACCAGUAAUUUACUUCUCUCUCAGCCAGACUCUGCUGAGCAGGCACUCAGUCUUGUGGACACACUGAUUCGAAGUGGCUCUGUUGAUGUUGUAGUUGUUGACAGUGUAGCAGCUCUUGUCCCUAAGACUGAGCUUGAUGGAGAGAUGGGUGAUGCACAUGUUGCUCUCCAGGCUAGGCUGAUGAGCCAAGCUCUUCGAAAGCUGAGCCAUUCUCUUUCACUGUCCCAGACAAUAUUGUUAUUUAUUAAUCAGAUCAGGGCUACAGUACAGACGUUUGGAUUUGGAGGACCAAAAGAGGUCACUUCUGGUGGUAAUGCCCUCAAGUUUUAUGCCUCUGUUCGACUGAACAUCAGGCGUGUUGGUUUGGUAAAGAAAGGGGAAGAGACUAUAGGAAGUCAGGUUAGUGUGAAGAUUGUGAAAAACAAGCAUGCCCCACCAUUCAGGACAGCGCAAUUUGAUCUGGAAUUUGGAAAAGGAAUAUGCCGCAGCUCAGAGCUCUUUGAGCUCGGGUUAAAGCACAAGCUUAUUAAAAAGACUGGUGGUGCAUAUUAUUCUUUCAACGAACAGCAAUUCCAAGGUAAAGAUAACCUUAAAUAUUUCCUUACUGCAAACGAGAGUGUCGCGAAAGAGCUUGAGGCAGAGUUAAGGAGGUUGAUUGAAGCGGAACCGCCUAAGAAGCAUGAGGCUGAAGACGAUCUGCUGGACGAUUUUCCUGAAGAGAUUGUCAGACCCGAGACAUCAUCAGAAGAGGACCUGGCAGCUGUAAUCGAAGCUUAGUCUGCUAGGAACUGUACCUGCGGAGCAAUUAUUCACUGAUAUUUUGGAUGUCGGAACAUUCAGUUCUUACUGUGCCGUGAAAUGAGGAAGGAUCCUCCCCGAGGCUAAGUUAUGACGGCGGUUUAGACUUUAGACAUUUGGAGGGGAAAUGAUUCAGUAGCAUGUAAUCGUGUAUAUAUGUUGCAUAUCUUGACGAUUCCUCUUGUCUAAGUAUGGUCCAUCAGCGGUCCUGACUGAGCGGCUAAACCAGCUGCUGCUGUUACUUGUGGGAAAAAAAUGAGUCUCUUAGUACAUUUUGGGCUUACCUGAUAGCCAUUGCUUUGGGUAGCAGCACUGAAAUGCAAUUGCUUUGUUGAGGAACACAGUUUCGAAGCAUGUCAGCAGGGACCUCGUUUGAGCUGGGCUUCA